AUGACUUCCCACGUGCGGCUGGUCCAACGGCUUCAGACUUCUAGCAUCCCUACGUUGCCUAGCAUCCUGUGUCUCUUGACAUCAUCGAUACUGCUUCUCUCCGAUACAUCAGAGGGAGACACAGAAAGGCACAAUCACUUAUACUCCUGUACAAAAGGAGUCUUUUCCUUGAUCGUCGCUGCAGGUGAACAGUCGCUAGAGUUCGUGCAGGCCGGUAUAUUGGUAUCUCUGUAUGGACAUCUCCGUGGUUUCUCCAAUAGUGCCUACUUGACCAUCGGAUCCACGCUGAGAGUUGCUCAUCUGCUUGGAUUGGGCCGGAUUCAACGAGACGAUACCGUUAAGUUGGAGAGGGUCUUCAUUUGGUUGGGUGCUGAGGUGGUAGAUAGAUAUAUUAAAGCUGAUUUCGCUUCGUCAGGGGACGUUGAGGUUGAAUAUUUGGAUACUGCUGACUUGCUGCAGGCUCACCUCGAAUGGCGCAGUCAGACCUCCAGGAAGGAUCUGGGUAUCGAUGGCCAGGAUACUUUGACAAAUAACCUAUAUAACGCAUUCUACCACGAAGCAGAGGCUGCGAGCAGACUUCAUCAAGUAUCGUCUUUCGUUAAACACAACCAUGGAAAGGAACUUGUAUGCUACGAGCGCGCUGUGGAACUUGAUCGCGAUAUCACAGCCUUGUUUCUGGGGAUAAAAAGUCAGGAGAAAGUUAAUCUCGAGACUAAAUGUGCCGGAGGCCUCACAACAUGCCUCAGCCUCGGCGCCUGCCAAAGUCCAUUCGUCGAUAUAUCGAUUGCCAAUCUGCAACAGAUGAUCGAGUAUGCAGCAUCCUUGUCAAAAGCGGUAUGCGAGGCUGGUUCACAGGACGCGCUAAACGCGACCUCCCGGCCUCCCAGCUUCAUAAUUAUGCUCUUCAAUGCUGAACUUGCCCGCAAAUUCCUUGUCCAAUCGGGGCAUAUCAACCAAUCGAACUUCAGCCAGGAUGUGUUUCUACAGCCACUUAAGAAGUUGAAUUACAGAUCAGGUCUUGCUAGUAAGCACUUUCAAGGGAUUAGGCCUUGA